UUCAAAUAACCAAUGCAUACUUACAAAUAAUUGUUCUAAUGAAACCUGCUUUUAUCAGAACAUCUCUGCACCAUAAAUGGCAUUUCGCCUGCCUGCCCUACCCACGUCAUCUGCCUUGGGAGCAGGACAGGACCAGAUGGCUGUAGGUGGCGAAUCUCAAGACAUGACCCACGAAUGCUUGAAGGUACAAUCACAGGGAACAGCUCAAAGGCAAACCACGCUCUUACGUAUCUACAAGUUAUACUCCCCAAGCAACCAGACAGAAGAGCCAAGAAAGCUGAGGCUGGCUCAGAGCUGAUUUCUGGUCCAGAUGGCUUCUGGCUGAAUGUCAGCUUCCCUCCCCGUGCCUGGCCAGGCGCCCCAAGGCUCUCCCCUCAUCCUCCCAGGACUUUGAGGGCUCAGCACAUGGACGAGCAGAGGGGUUUGGGCUGGUGGGGGAGCCUGCAAGGUGCCUCUCUGCUUCACCAGCCUGGCCAGAUGGCAAAAGGAAGGCUGGGGAGGGGACCAGCUUGGCAUGGUGUAGCGAGGGAGGAGCUGAUGCUCUGUUUGGCAAGUGCCACAUUUGCUCCAUCUGCCCUCCACGCAGAAAAAGUGCUGCAGCCAUGCCAGGGCAAGGGGCAGGCAUCCCACCACCAUGGCUCUCUGCAGGCUCUGGGAACCACCUGGAGGGUGGGUCACCUCUGGGACCUCUCCCUCUCAGGCCUUGGACCACAUCAUCUCCCAGAAACCCCAUUCUGCUUGGAGGUCAAGCACCCUUCACAGACUGCACUGCCUCCCUUUUCACCAGCAGCAGCCAGUGGAAGGGCUGUGCACACCAUGCAACAUUGGAGUGAGGGUUGGAAAACACUGGGUUAUCUACAGAACUCACCCAAGUCGACAGCCAGGUGCCUUUUACAGAAACAUGGUGAGUCAGUGCCCAGCACUGCGGCAGGGGUGGUUCGGUUGGCUUGCUCUACUUUUUGUUAUAUUCUUUCAACAGACCUUCAGGAAGCAACUGUUGAAACAUCACUGAGUAUAUGAAAAUAAUGAAAUAGAGACAUUUCCCUGAAAUGCAGCCACCUCUCUGCUGAGAAGAGGCCAAAUUCUCUUUUCUUGACUGACAUCCUAGUUUAUGCUUGUGCCUUCACCCCUGUCUUGAGAGCUCCUGGUCUUUAGAACUGGUGACUUCUUCCUCACCCAGCUCCUGGAGCUCCUUCUGCUUCAUCUGCAGGGUCACAGUCAACAUCUCCAUACUUUUUUGGAUCUCUGCAUCUCCAGGCCCAUCAACAAUAGGCCUCACCUCACCUAUCAGUAGUCAAAGAAAUAUGUGUCUAACCUAAAUUGGUCAUUUAAGGUCUUCUUAUAGGACCUGGAGUGAGGCAGGCACCUCCAAGAGAUAAUAACCCAACUCAGCUCCCUUAAAACUGAGGAGAAAACUCAAGCACUUCAGCUUCUGGGACUCUUUUUUCCACCCUUACACCCACCACUACCUGCGUUGGUGCCUGCAGUGCUGUCACAGCUGCAGGGCAGCUACUGAGUCCCCUCAGACAACAUGAAGAACGUACAGCAGAGGGAGCCCACAGGUGACAGCCCCCAUCUUGUGCUGCUGUAGAAGGGAAACAGUUCAGGGUAGAAGAGAUCUCUCUCCCCUGUUUUCCUAAGAUGGCCUCAUCCCAUCUAUACUCUUCGUCCCAUUUGUGCAGUGCAGAGGCAGGAUGCACACUUGCCUCGAAGUCGCUGUUACGGGUUGGGUAAUACAGGCCUGUUGACAAUUGCGGGAACCUCCACAGGGGAACUUCUUACUAAGGGACAUGCAUGAAAGAAGCAGAAAUAGAUAUUGCAAUUGUUUCAUAUCCUGUGUCACUGGGGAGGCACUGAAUCAAGGGGACAGCUUCACGUUUCCGGGGCUGGGGCUACCACUUCGUUCCAUCACGAGACUGUGCUGCCAGCCGCUUCUCUGGGGGAAAUUCCACCACACCUACGCAAGCAACUGCCCGGACCUGCUUGCCCUAUAAAUUGGAGGGUAUCUGAAUGUCUCAGCAUCAAAGAGAAAAGAAGCUUUCAAGCUCCACUUGCCUGCUUCAGCUCCGGCCACAACUUCUGAGUUGACAUGAAGGUCUCUGUGGCUGCCCUGGCUGUUCUCAUCGCCGCCUUCUGCUACCAGACCUCUGCUGCACCAAGUAAGUCUGGACUCUAUGAAUCUCUCUAAAUGGGGACAGGGUCCUUUCUGCCAUCCCUUCCACCCUGGGUCCCUUCUUAUGUCAGAUCACCUUCUAGCGGCUGCUCCAUGGGUGCCAUUCAGCUGUGGGCAGGCACAGCCCAGAGCACAACAUGUGCAUGGUGUCAGAAACAGCUCAGGGUGAACCCAAAUGAGAAAGAAUUUAAGGAAGAAGGAAAAAGACCUUGCUUUUCUUAUUCCUUCUCCAUGUCCUCCCAGACCCGUGGGGACUCCAGUCCCAGCUCCCUGCCCCUGUUCCCCUGUCACUUGCCACUGCUCACGCCUGUCUUUGCCUUCACAGUUGGCUCUGACCCACCAACCUCCUGCUGUUUCACCUACAUCCAACGGGAGCUGCCCCGCAGCUUCGUGACUGACUACUAUGAGACCAACAGCCUGUGCUCCCAGCCGGGUGUCGUGUUCAUCACAAGGAAGGGACGUGAAGUCUGCGCCAACCCUGAGCACGACUGGGUCCAGAAGUACGUGACUGAGCUGGAACUGAACUGAAGCUUUGGAACAGGAUGCGCUGUGCCAGGACGAGCAAGCCAUGGACUCCGUCAGAAAUGUUCCGUGUCAUUUAGAGCUAGC